UUUAAACCGACCGUGCGCUCAACAUGGUGCUGAAGAUCAGGCCAGAAAAUGGGGGACUCUAAUAAAAGUAGAGUGAAGUAUCACUUUAAAUACUGUUUUUCUCUUCGGAUGAGAACGCGUCUGGAAUAAGCGGUGACAACUUAACAUCAGCGGUACAGAGGCGUGUUUAUGUGAGUGUCACUAAGGCCGGCGGGUGUUAGAGCGGUUGUUAUUGUUGUCCCUCUCUGUGAGCUCAGCUCGGUCUGGAGCCGCUGGUCUCCAGCACUGCGGAUCAAAAUGGAGGCGAGUGUUGAGUAGCUACGCCGGGCAGUUAGUGAAGAAGUGCCGAACUGCUCCUGAAUCAGAAGAUUAACACAGAUUUGAACGUUUCAGUUUAUUUUUGGAGCCCAAUUCAUCGGCAAACGCUUAGUCUGUGCACGAAAUCAAGAAGCUAGGUAGCUAGCCAAGUGAGUUAGCUGGCAGGCUAAUUAGCUAAGCUAGCCUGCUAAGGCGGUGCUGGUGCUGGGCAGCAGCAUCAUGAAGGAUUUGCAACUUUCUUCCCAGGCUGGUCCAGGUUAGGAGCACACCGGCGCUCUGGCUUGGUCUUCACUGGCUGUAAACGCUGCAGUCUGCCUUUCUGUCUCCGCCAUUGGAGCUAUGGUUUAUUCUGUAGCUUGUUGUUCUCACCAUGAAUAUGCGCUCCGAGUCCAUCUCUAACGUGGGAUUGCGCUCAGAAUCUAACAAUUUCUACCUUUCCAAAGGAGGCUCUGGGCAUACUAUAGGUGUCUCGAGAAAUUCGUACACUUUGGUGACUGAAACGCAUGAUCCUCUUGGUGUUGCCCUCACCGACGCCGGACAGCACUUCAUCACAUCCAGAAACCUGGACAAGCACCUCGUUGGGAAGGCUGCUCGGCCGUUUUUGCCGGUAGGACAGAACAAAACGGUAGCUGUUCCUUCUGGAGGAGGCUCUGAGAGCGCCGACGCAGUUGCAUCUCAAGCUAAACAAAUGGGGGGCGAAGGGACCCCUGUUAAAAGUAAAACUCCGCUUGGACAGACCAACGCUAUUGAUAACAAAGCAGAAUUUGUUUCAAUGAAUUCUCACAAUUCCAGGGAUUCUGGUGGUGAAGAUAGCACAAAGGGGUUGGACACUAUGGGGGCUCACAGCGUGGCAUCCCAUGAACAUACAGAGGGUAAACGGAAGAACAUAAAGAAGACCCCGGGCCAUCCCAAUUCACAAGCCAGUUGUCUUCGCCAGCUCCUCCUGCUUCAGCUGGACCUCAUAGAGCAACAGCAGCAGCAGCUGCAGUCCAAGGACAAGGAAAUAGAUGAACUAAAAGCAGACAGAGACACGCUGCUUGCGCGAAUUGAGCGGAUGGAACGGCGCUUACAGUUGAUGAGUAAAGAACCUCGUGACAAGCGUCUCUUUCAGCCAUUGGAGCGCUGGGUCCCAGACACCGACGACUUCUGGGAUUCGGAUGUGGGAGACAGCCCUCAGACCCACACACCCAAAACCUCUACUUUUAGUCGAAGCAGCAAGGUGCAAAAGAGGAAAUUUGGCUUUGUAGAUUCAAAAGUACAGAGGUCACAGGGGAAAGCUUCUAGGUUAACUCCCCAGAAAUCAGACACAGGAGGAACGUCACCAUGUCAGAGGGACCUGCGAAACAAGGAGACUCCAGAGAAGACUGGAUUGGGGAAGUCAACAGGGCAGGCAGAGGCCGUCUCAGAAGGAGAAGAAAACUGUGAACACCAAGACUUGCCAUAUAUGACGACUACAGAAAUGUACUUAUGCUGUUGGCACCAACCUCCUGUCUCACCCCUGCGUGAGCCAUCCCCCAAGAAAGAGGAGGAUGUUGCCAUCCCAUCCUGGAGAGAGAACAGCAUAGAGCCAUUGAGGGAGGAAGAUGCUUUUGACAUCCCUGAGAGUCUUGAGGAUGGUGUCUUUCUGAAACGCCAUGCAAAGCUAGAGCUGGAUGAGAAGAGAAGGAAAAGAUGGGACAUUCAGAGGAUACGGGAGCAGCGCAUGCUCCAGAGGCUGCAGCAGCGCAUGGAGAAGAGAAAGAUAAAUGUUCAGGAGAGCGAGCCAGAGCUGUCGUCAUUUUAUCCUGAUGUUGAUGAUGUGGAGUCAAUUGUCAUUACACCCUUUCUGCCUGUUGUGGCUUUUGGCCGGCCUUUGCCCAGGCUCACACCACAGAAUUUCGAGCUGCCAUGGCUUGAUGAAAGAAGUCGCUGCCGUAUAGAGAAUCAGAAAAAACAAACUCCUCAUAGGACCUGUCGGAAAUAAGCCACUCUCACAGAAAUUGAGUGCAUAUCCCAGUUGAAUGCUGGAGAGGGAGACAGUCCUGAGGCUACAGGAUACUUGAUCAGCUCCAUGGGUUUGUGUGGGUUUAUAAUUAAAUGGCAAUAAGACUACCAUGUGACAAUAAGAGGAAAGGGCAGUGUUGCAGAUUUAUUUAUGUUGUUAGUCAUUAGGAGAAACCCAUCCACAGAAUGCCCUGUAAUUUCUUUUUAAUAAGUGUUCAGCCUUGAUUGAUUGCUGUGUAAAAUAAUUCUGGUCCUGCUCUGUCUAGUUUACGGAAAUUAUAUUAUGCAGGCACUGCUUUAAGCAACAGUUUCACGUGCAUUACCUUGUGAAUAUGGACUAUCUGAUGUGUAUUUUGCAUGUGAUGCCUAAGUGAACUUCUGAAAAUCAAGCUGCGCUGAAACAUACCUUCACUGUACAUGCACCAUGGAGGUAUAGUGAAGAGCCUGAAUAAGAAUACUCGAUGAUACAAUGGCUUAAGACUUAAAUCCUUAAAUUUAACUUGAGAAUGCAUGGUUGUCUUGAGUCAACAAAAUCAUACAAGGAGAAAUUUCCUUUUUUGUAAGCGCAGUUGAAAUUCUAUCAAAAAAGAACUGUUAAUGUCAACAAAUUCAGAGUUAAAUAAGCAGUGUGUGCUGCUGUUUUAUAGCAAGUAGUUAUUAUUUGUGAGCUUAUACUGGAGGUCUGCACAUCUCUAAAGUUGUUCAACAUGCCACUGGACUGAAAGGACAUCUAAUAAUCUAUUCAUGUGGAGCAGCUUGUUGAUCAUUGUUCUCGUUCUUUAUGCCUAUCUGACCUUAUAAUUGGAAACUUUCUUUAUUACCUUUGUAUCGCCUGCAUCCAAAAGAACAUAAAGCUUUGUGUCAGUUAAGUCAUGAUAUACUCUGUGCCUCGUACAACAAAAUGUCAACAAAAAAUCCAAAGCCAUGCCUCACUGUAGUCUGUAGCUACAUGAUUCUUUUGUUUUGGCAUGUUUUGCCCCCACAUCUUUUUAUUUUUUUCUUUUUGACCUUGUAAAAUUUAUGUCUAGUUUCAUGAUACUUGUAGGAUGUAUAUAAGGGAAGAUGUUAUUUUUUUAUUAUUUAUGUUUGAGUGUUGUAUGUUCAGUAUAGAUAUUAUAUUGAUAGAAUGUUGACAGAAUAACUGAAGAAAAUUGUUUUGCAAAAAAUACAAAUCCUAUUACUUCUG